CCAGCCACUUCCGGUUCAGAAUUUCUUUCCAUGUUUCUGUUUCUCCUGCUUAGCCAGUUUGGUUUCAGUUUAAUUCACUUUCUGUUUUUAUUUAACCUCACUGAUUCCCUUCCGCCAUGUCUCGUGGGUCCAGUGCGGGGUUCGACCGGCACAUCACCAUCUUCUCCCCGGAGGGAAGACUUUAUCAAGUCGAGUAUGCCUUUAAAGCCAUCAACCAGGGAGGAAUGACCUCUGUGGGGAUCAGAGGGAAGGACUGCGCCGUGGUUGUCACACAGAGGAAAGUUCCAGACAAGCUGUUGGAUGCCUCCACCGUCACACAUCUGUUCAGAAUCACAGAGAACAUAGGCUGCGUCAUGACCGGCAUGACCGCUGACAGCAGGUCUCAGGUGCAGAGAGCACGCUACGAAGCUGCUAACUGGAAUUACAAGUACGGCUAUGAGAUCCCAGUGGACAUGCUGUGCAAACGCAUGGCCGAUAUCUCCCAGGUCUACACACAAAAUGCUGAAAUGAGGCCGCUCGGCUGCUGCAUGGUCGUGGUCGGCAUGGACGAGGAGUUGGGCCCACAGCUUUAUAAAUGUGAUCCAGCCGGCUACUACUGCGGGUUUAAGGCCACUGCAGCUGGAGUCAAACAGGCCGAAGCCACCAGUUUCCUCGAGAAGAAAGUCAAAAAGAAACCGGACUGGACCUUUGAGCAGACAGUAGAGACGGCUAUUUCUUGCCUGUCCACUGUUCUGUCCAUCGACUUCAAACCCUCGGAGCUGGAGGUGGGAGUCAUCACAACACAGGAACCUAAAUUUAAGAUUCUGUCGGAGUCUGAGAUUGAUGCUCACCUGGUUGCUUUAUCUGAGAGAGAGUGAGGAUGAAUGGGAAAAAUGGACAACGGAAAUGGAGCGUCUUCUGUCUCGCUCCAGGGAGAUUUAAAACACAGGGAGAUGAAAUCUGGACAUUUUACUGCAGGUUGGGUUCAGUUUUUCGACCAGCUGCACUGCCCUUUACCCACCUCCGUUCUUCUAGUUCAUACUCCAAAUCACAGCCCCACUUACCAACCCCUCCAGUGUUUUUACGUUUUAAAUCCUGACUGCAGCUGCAUCUUUAGAAAAACACUCUGGACUUUCAGAUCGGUGCUCCCGAUGACAAAGAAGUACACCAGACCCAUCACAGUUUCAUUUUUGUUGGACAUGAGUACUUUAGCAACAUUACGGCUGCAGAACAGAACCUCUCAGUUAUGGUGGUUUAAUAUUUACUCAGGGUCUUCUUCGCUUUCAAUCUUUGGAGUUUCUUCUUCACGCUGUGGGAGUUUUCCCGUCACUACAACAAUCUUCGCGUUCCCGUCAGACUCUGCUCAGGACAACUAGAACUAACCCAUUAUUCAGUUCUCUCCUCCCAGCUGCAGUCUUUGCUGCACUUCUAUUAAAUACAGUUUUUUUUAUUUAAUAA